GACAGAUCAACUUCCCAACUGUGGCAGCUCAUUUAUUCUCCCGGCCAGUCCGCAGCAGCCUAGUCGCCAUGGCCGCCUGGACAGUUUUGGAUCCUGUCAAAGAGGCUCGAGCCGUUCUGGACGAGAUGGCUAAGCACAUGGCAGACGACCCAAGGGCCCCCCUCCACUCUCCUCCAGCUGAUGUCCUGAGGACUUUGAUGGCAGGGAAUACGGCUGGCCAGGUGCUUGGUAAGGGCAACUCCUCUGAGGUUCACGCCUGUCAGUCCGAUUCCCGCUAUGUUAUUCGUACAGUACGACAGCAGGACGAGGUUGAAUGGCAGCGAGAACUUUCGCGGCUACGAAGAGUGCCAGCCCUCUCGGUCAUCACCACCAUCUUUGCCACGAGUGGCCGACGGUCCUUGAUGCCGAGGCUCUGGUCGGUUCCUCGAGGAGCUCUACGCACUAUGGAAAUCAUCAGGCUCAAGUACGACAUCAGCGCGGCCUUGGAGAAGCAGAUGGACAAGGAAUCCACCUUGCCCACUCACCUGGACAAGGACUCAGCUAUCUCCCCCACCAUCACUUUACCUCGCUUUGGAAGGCCAAUGGCGAGGAACGCAGGGCACGGGACGUUGGGAGAGAUCGGCAAUUUCGGCGAGAUUCUUCCUGAAAUGUCAGCUGAAAACCUGCGGACGCUUUGCCCGGACCGUCUACCAGGAGAUCUUCCCCUGGCAGGCAGGCUUACUCCAACCAAGAUGGCUAUCUUGUCCCGUCCAACCCUCCCCCUCCUCCCCCUCCCGGAGUCUCGGACUACAGAUAUGCAAUUCGUCGGGGGCUUGGCCCACCACACUUCACGGACGGCGCCACCAACACCCGUCUCUGUCUCCGCCGACCGUCUCCCGGGCAUUUGGGGAGCUGGCCAAGAGGAGCAGCCUUCAGAGAUCCCGGACAAGAGCGCAGCGGAAGCCCAAGCGCCACCUCCGUCUGGUGCUCAUACAGACUUCUCGGCUCCAGUGCAGAACGCCAUCCGGUCUGCGGCGGCGAACCUCAGUGCGGCCAUCAGCUUUGCCAAGGACAUGGAGCAGUCGAUGCCUCAACAUACUCAUCGCUCUCUGGCUCUGUCCCUUCGGGCGACUUCAGACAUUUUGCGGGAGGUGUCCACGGAGCUCUUAAACGCUGCUCGCAACGAGGCCUCCACAUCAGCGCAGGACUCUGAGGCAUCUGACCAGCAAAUGGCGCAGGCCGACAAGAAGCCGGAGUCGUUGAUCAGGGAGCUGGCUUAUAAUUGCUGCCUACACACUGCAGUGAUGCUUAGGCUCGGCCUGUCACAUCCGAAGCGGAGACCCGGUCUACCAAGAAAAGACGACAUGAGGAAUCAGUCGCUACAGCAUUGCAGCUCUACGCCAACCCGCAAGAAGCUGGCAUUAAGUCUGGCUACGAGCUGCCUGCACUCCAAGUGGGCCCCGUUCGGGGUUUUUGGUCAGCUACUGGAUGGCCUUCCGACAAUGCAGGACUCGCGCCACUCCUCUCCCAGCAUCGACCAGCCGUCGGACUACAAGAGCAUCUUCUUUGGGGCUUACUCGCAGGGCCCUCUGGUUGGUCUCCGCGCGCAGACGAGGAGAUACCCCAUGGUCAGCCGCUUGCUCAACGCCGUGAUUUACACACUGUGUGGAGCGCAUUGCCACUCCACGGUAUUUUUGGCUAGGAACCGGGCGAUGGGGCUGCACUCGGACCCCCACAAAGAAGUGCCGAACGUCUUGAUCCCCCUUUCGGUCUUCGCUGGAGGCCAGCUCUUUGUGGAAUCUGAGGAGGGAGACGUUUGCCUCGAUGUACAGAACAACAUCAGGGGGCACGUGCAUCCUAUCACUCUCCCCUUUCUGGCAUUUGAUGCCCAAAAGUCGCUGGGCUACCCUCUACACAAGGAUGGCCAGGUUAGCCUGGAGGAAGCUGCACUUGAGAAGCUUCCUGCUUGUGGCUACGCUGGUGAUCACACUGCCGUCUUCAAUCCAGCGCAGUGCCCCACCAGCUCGGCCAACACGCUGUAG